CAUACGUACACACCCACAUAGCUGGAUAAGAUUCAUAAGAAGAAGAAGAGAAGAUAUGGAGAGUUUCAUGCGUGUGUUUUCGACUUUCUUCGUCGCUCUCUUGCUUCUGGUGGCUUCAGCUGGGAUAGGACCAAAUGUAAUGGUUGCUGAGGCUAGAACUUGUGAGAGUCAGAGCCUCAAGUACGAGGGAAUGUGCUUGAGAGAGAGCCACUGUGCAUCUGUUUGCCAAACUGAGGGGUACAGUGGAGGCGACUGCCACGGUCUCUAUAGCAUAUGUGUCUGUACCAAAGAUUGUCAAUGAGUAAUUAUUAGUAUUAGUCGUCACUCUCGGCUAGGUAUACCGGCCGGAGAGUACUGUUCCAUCGGUCAGUGAUGGGAAAAUAAAUGGUGUUUGUAUCUUGUGUUUUUAGUUUGGUGAUCUAUGGAACAUGGAUUUAUGUAUGAUUUUAAUGCCGCACAUUUAUGUUGCAGUUUUUUCCUUCUUAA